AUGGCCCGUCGCUCCCAGAGCUCCUCACAGGGGGACAACCCGCUGGCCCCCGGGUACCUGCCCCCUCACUACAAAGAGUACUACCGCCUGGCAGUGGACGCGCUGGCUGAGGGUGGGCCAGAGGCCUACAGCCGCUUCCUGGCAUCGGAGGGGGCCCCCGCCUUCUUGUGCCCCGAGGAGUUGGAUCACGUGAGCUGCCACCUGCGGCCCCCGCAGCAUGCCGCCCGCGAGUCCCCCGAAGGCAGCCCUCAGGACGUGGGAAUGGACGGCUCCUCGGGCACCUACUGGCCGGUGAACUCAGACCAGGCCGUGCCGGAGCUCGACUUGGGCUGGCCCCUGACCUUCGGCUUCCAGGGCACUGAGGUCACCACGCUGGUGCAGCCACCGCCACCUGAUAGCCCCAGCAUCAAGGACGAGGCACGCAGGAUGAUCCGCUCCGCCCAGCAGGUGGUGGCCGUGGUGAUGGACAUGUUCACCGAUGUGGACCUACUGGGCGAGGUGCUGGAGGCGGCGGCACGCCGCGUCCCCGUCUACAUCCUGCUGGACGAGAUGAACGCACAGCACUUCCUGGACAUGGCAGACAAGUGCCAGGUCAACCUGCACCACGUGGAUUUCCUGCGCGUGCGCACCGUGGCGGGCCCCACCUACUACUGCCGAACCGGCAAGUCCUUCAAGGGCCACGUGAAGGAGAAGUUCCUGCUGGUGGACUGCGCCGUGGUGAUGAGCGGGAACUACAGCUUCAUGUGGUCCUUCGAGAAGAUCCACCGCAGCCUGGCGCACGUGUUCCAGGGUGAACUGGUCUCCAGCUUCGACGAGGAGUUCCGCAUCCUAUUCGCACAGUCGGAGCCCCUGGUGCCCGCGGCCGGGGCGCUGGCCCCCAUGGACGCCUAUGCCCUGGCUCCGUACGCGGGCGCGGGGCCUCUCGUGGGCGGCCCGGGGCUCGGGGCGCCGACCCCUUUCUCUUUCCCCAAGCGGGCGCACCUGCUGUUCCCUCAGCCGCGGGAAGAGGGCCUGGGUUUCCCGUCUUUCCUCGACCCCGACCGCCACUUCCUGUCGGCCUUCCGCCGGGAGGAGCCGCCGCGGGGGCCCGGAGGCAUCAUGGAACCACACGCGGGGCUGCGGCCCCUGUUGCGGCGGCUGGACGCCGAGACCGGGCCUGGCAGGGAGCUGGCCGGGCCGCGCGGCUUCUUCCAGGCGCGGCACCUGGAAACGGACGCUUUCAAGCGGCACAGCUACGCGGCAGCCGACGGCGCGGGCGCCGUGGAGAACUUCGCGGCCGCGCGGCAGGUGUCGCGGCAGACGUUCCUUAGCCACGGCGACGACUUCCGCUUCCAGACUAGCCACUUCCACCGCGACCAGCUCUACCAGCAGCACUAUCAGUGGGACCCGCAGCUGGCGCCGGCGCGUCCGCAGGGCCUGUUCGAGAAGCUGCGCGCCGGCCGUCCCGGCUUCGGGGAUCACGAGGACAUCGCGCUGGGCGGCGGGCCGCGAUUCCCCGAGCUUGGGCUCGACGGCCAUCUGCGCCUGGACUACGUGCCGUCCAGCGCGUCGCGCGAGGUGCGCCAUGGAUCGGACCCCGCCUUCGGGCCCGGCCCCCUCGGCCUGGAGCCCGGCGCGCCCCCGCCCCCCAAUUUAGGCCAACGUUUCCCAUGCCAGGCAGUGGCCAGGUUCGGCCCCGAGGCUGCGCCCGCGGAGGAGCCGGAGCGCAGGGGUGGGCCCGAGGGGCGGGCUGGCCUGCGGCACUGGCGCCUGGCCUCCUACCUGAGCGGCAGCCAUGGCGAGGACGCGGGUGACGAGGGCUUGCCCGCGCCCAUGGAGACCCAGGCCUAUGAAGAUGACGCGCUGGGCCCCGGGGGGCGGGCAGUCGCCGGGGACCUGCUCCCUUCGGCCUUUCGCGGCCCCGCAGCCUUCCUAUCCAAGGGCCCGGACUCGGGCGGGGGCGACACCUGGGAGCGCGAAGGCUCUGACGAAUUGGGCCUGGCCAAGCAGGACUCCUUCCGCUCGCGCCUGAACCCGCUGUUCCAGCGCAGCUCACGGCUGCGCUCCUCGCUUAUCUUCAGCACGUCACAGGCGGAGGGCGCGGGCGGGGCCGCAGCCGCCACCACCACGGAGAAGGUGCAGCUGAUGCACAAGGAACAGACGGUCAGCGAGACGCUGGGCCCAGGCGGCGAGGCCGUGCGCUCCACCGCCUCAGCCAAGGUGGCGGAGCUUCUGGAGAAGUACAGGGGCCCGGUCCGUGAUGGGGGUGGCGCCGUAAACGUUUCCAGCCACAGCAAGGCGGUUGUGUCCCAGAAGGAGGAGGUGGCAGCUCUUGGCGGCGCGGCGGGCGAGCGCCGCAGCCUGGAGAGCUGCCUGCUCGACUUGCGCGACUCCUUCGCGCAGCGGCUGCACCAGGAGGCCGAGCGGGAGCCGGGAGCUGCCGGGCUCACGGCCUCGCAGCUGCUCGACACGCUAGGCCGCGGUGACGCCGACCGGGUGCCCUCUCGCUUCCCCUCAGCCCAGGGUCAGGCGACCUCCCCGCAAGGGCGGAACAGCCCGCCGCCGGAGGGGCCCGGGAUACACCAGGUGCUCCACUCGGAGCCGAAAGGGAGCCCCACCUCGGCCUACCCCAAGAGUAAGGAGAGCCCCACGCCAGGGUUUCCCACUCGGAGGGGCAGCCCAACAGCAGGAUUUAAUGAGCAGAAGGGGAACCCCGUCUCGGCCUACCCGGAGCAAAGGGAUAGCCCCACUUCGGUCCACCCACAGCGCAGAGGCAGCCCGGUGCCCCCGGUGCCUGAGCGCAGAGGCAGCCCCGUGCCCCCCGUGCCCCCCAUGCCCGAGCGCAGGGGCAGCCUCACCCUUGCCUCGGCCGGGGAGUCUCCGAAGGCCGGGCCCGCACAGGAGCCGGCGGGUGGACCCAUGGAGGUCCUGCGCAAGGGCUCCCUGCGUCUCAGGCAGCUGCUAAGCCCUAAGGGCGAGCGGCGGCAGGAGGAGGAGGGCGGCUUUGUGGCGCCGCAGGAGAACGGGCAGCUCGAGAGCCCCCGGCGGCCGUCGCUGGGCCGUGGUAACAGCACCGAGCCCACCGCAGAAGAGCAGGGUCCGCGGGCGCGCGUGGUCUCGACCACGGCCAAUGCCUUGUACAGCAGCAAUCUGCGGGACGACACCAAGGCCAUUCUGGAGCAGAUCAGCGCCCACGGCCAGAAGCAUCGCGGGACCCCCGCGCCAGGGCCCACCCCGGCCCGCAGCAGCCCAGAUCUCGGCCACCCACCAGCUGCCGGCGGCUUGGCCUCUGACGUGUCCGACAAGGACGAAUGUUCGGCCAUCUUCCGCUCGGACAGCCUCGGGGCACAAGGCCAGCUGAGCCGCACGCUCCUUGCCAGCUCGGAGGAGUGCGACCGGCUGCUGCGGCGCAUGGAGAGCAUGCGCAAGGAGAAGCGCGUGUACAGCCGCUUUGAGGUCUUCUGCAAAAAGGAGGAAGCCGGUGGCCUGAGAGCUGGAGAGGGCCUGGCGGAGGAGGACGCCAGGGACAGCAAGGUGGGCAAGUUCAUGCCCAAGAUCCUAGGCACAUUCAAGGGCAAGAAAUGA